CCUAAAGUCAGGCACAGAUGAAACAGGUGAAACCUCCCAGCUCUCUCUCUCUCUCUUCACGUUUCAAGUGGGAAUGGAAACAGUACCAAUAGUCCGAAACACUCAUGACAUACACAAUGUAAUGUAAGAUACAUAGUAAGAUUUCGCUGGUACCAUGCAUGGGGAGCUUGUUUUUGGUUUAACAAACACAAGAAACGUCGAAAAGACGGACCGUAGUGCAAGAGCCUCGUGCAUCGAAUUGUCCAAAAUAGACACAGCCGCCGUUCAAAAAUGUCCUGUCUCAGAAGAAUCAACGCAUGCUAAAUUAGGACAUAAUAUGGGAAAAAAUGCACCACUGAUUUCCUUUUACGGUACCUCUGGAGAGUCAAAACAGUCCUCCCCACCUCACCUUUCUUCAUUUCCUUACCUAAGGACCUUUACUGAAAAUAACAGCAAAACCUCACACCCCAAACUCAGAAACUCACAGUUUUUGCUUAUUUCAGCCUGCCUUUUGUGUUUUGCCUAAAGCAAUCAAGAAACCACAUCCUGUUCCAACCAAAUGAAGCAAAACAUCAAAACCAUGGCACAUAAGGCAAUUCCUUUGCUUCUGUUACUUCAACUCCUGCAAAUAGUCAGGACCAAUGCUAAGGUUUCAUCCAUCAUUGUAUUUGGAGAUUCCACUGUAGACGCAGGGAACAAUAACAACAUCUCAACAAUAUUGAAGAGCAACUUUGAGCCUUACGGUCGAGAUUUCGAAGGCAAAAAGGCCACUGGACGGUUUUCCAAUGGUAAAAUCGCAACGGACUUCAUCUCACAGGCUUUUGGUCUCAAGCCAACUAUACCUGCUUACUUGGAUCCCCUGUACAGCAUUGCAGAUUUCUCUUCUGGAGUUUGCUUCGCCUCAGCUGGCACUGGUUAUGAUAAUGCUACCUCAAAUGUGCUAUCUGUAAUACCACUGUGGAAAGAAAUAGAGUACUACAAGGAAUACCAGAAGCAGCUACGAGGUUAUCUUGGCGAAGAGAUAGCUAACAUGGUUCUAAGUGAAGCGCUAUAUCUGAUAAGCAUAGGAACCAAUGAUUUCCUGGAGAACUACUAUAUAGUUCCAGGAAGAUCGUCUAAGUAUUCCAUUGGUGAGUACCAGGAUUUUCUUGUGGGAAUCGCAAGAGAUUUUGUAACGGAGCUUUACCAGCUUGGAGCCCGAAAAAUAUCUCUUACCGGGCUUCCUCCCAUGGGGUGUUUGCCAUUGGAGAGGACCACAAACAUGCUCUUUGGGAGCAAAUGUAUAGAGAAGUACAAUAACGUGGCGCUAACAUUCAAUGAGAAGUUGAAAGGAUUGAUUGAGAAGCUGAACAAGGAGCUUGCUGAAUUACACUUGGUUUUUUCAAACCCAUAUGAUAUCCUCUUAGAAAUCAUUCAGAAUCCUCACGCUUUUGGAUUUGAUACUGCAGCAAGAGCAUGUUGUGCAUCUGGCAUGAUUGAGAUGAGUUACAUGUGUGACAAACUGAACCCUUUCACCUGUUCAGACGCCACCAAGUACGUGUUUUGGGAUUCCUUCCACCCCACAGAGAAAACAAAUUUUAUUGUUGCUGAUCACACGGUCAAGAAUUCCCUAUUUGGGUUCCUGUAAUUUAUCAUAGUACUGUAGUGCUUGAAAUCACAAAUGUUGUUUCCACUAUUCAUAUACUAAACUACUAUACAAACUACAAGCUAAUAAAUUAAGAUCAUGUUCCCCAAAAUGGAAAGCUUUCCCCCAUAUAUGAUUCAGUUGCAGUAACCCAAACCAACUUUUAUAUUUUCUUAGUUCGUCCAAAUAUACAAUGUCAUACAUGCUGAAUUGUAGUUGAUGAGACCAAAAGAAGAACAACAGAGAGCAUGGCGUAUGUUCCUUGGGCUCAGUCCAUAGAGACACACAGCAAGGUGUACAUAUAUAUGUAACGACAUAUAGAUGGAGAGACUUUUAUAACUUAGUUUGCCAUCGAGAUGAUAUGAAGGUGAUUUACAAAAGCAGCAAAGAAUAAGGUCAGCUACCUUACCCAAAGAAGAUAUCCCUCUGACAAAAGUAAAAAAUGCCUCGAUUAUCUAGUCUACAUGUUCUCUC